UUAUCUAUUUACUGUAUUUAUCUUCAUUUGGUUUAGCCAUGGGAUCAAUGGUCAUUAUUCGCCCACGAAAAAUUGUUCCUAUCUUUUAUAUACUCAUCCUGUUUAGCUUAUCCUCUUCCAUAAUCCUUUGCCUGGAGGAUUAGGUUAGAUUAGGGUAUCCUGAGGUUUAUUUGUGCACCGGUUUUGUAAUGGCAGGGACAGUGCUGGUGGGUGAACAAGCUAAUGUGGUGGUUUCGGUCUUCAUGACGGUUUUCAUUGCCUCGUUACUUGUUAAUUCAGUAAUUGCCUCGCAUUCAACGUCAAGUGAGAGUCAAUUAGUAGCAUCGAAUUUACUUCUAUCCGCAAGGAAAUUACAUUUCCAGGGAUCUCAUGACCAAAAUGCGAGGAGAAUGUUAAUAGGAUCAACUGCACCCACUUGUACCUAUAAUGAGUGCAGAGGGUGCAAAUACAGGUGCCGAGCUGAACAGAUUCCGGUUGAUGGCAACGACCCUUUGAACAGUGCUUAUCGUUACAAAUGUGUUUGCCAUAGGUGAUUAUUGUGCAAACAGUAGUCAUUUAGCCCGUGUAUUAUUUGGUAUGUAUUAUGUGGGGCCCACUCCUACUUUUAUUGCAUCCAGUCUGUGUGCAAGGAGUAGGAUGGUGCCCCAGAGGUGGUAAGUGUUUACCAUAUGUAAGCUUCGUUCUUAGGGUUAAAUUUGUGUUAGUAGAUAAAUAGAGAGAUGAGCCUUUUCAGAUGAUAUAAAAUUUUGGCGAUUCUUAUUA